ACAUAAAAUUACACGUUUGCAAAACGAAAACGUCUAACUGGCACAACUCGACUCAAACACUGAAAGUGAAACAGCCGUCACAAGAGUCAUUUUUCAGCUCUCUUUCGUGUUUGACUGGUGUUUCAAAAUGUCAAACAAAAGUAAAAUUACAAAGGAGUCUUUAAAGGACAAGAUUGAGGGAAAUGAACUGGAUCUAAGCCUCUCUGGUCUUACAAAAAUACCCGUGAAAGAGAUUGCUUCUAUUUCAAAGAUAAAAUGUGUUGACUUAUCAUGCAACCAGUUGGUCAGUUUACCAGAUAACCUCAGUGUUCAUCUUUCACACCUAACCAAAUUGGACCUCAGCAAGAACCUCCUGGAGUCCCUCCCCCAAAACUUUGGGCUCAUGGCGGCCCUCCAGCGCCUUGAUCUCCUUGGCAACAAGCUGACCAAUCUACCGGUCAGCUUCGGCGACCUCCGGUCAUUGCGUUGGCUGGACGUCAAAGAGAACCCUCUGGAUCCAAGUCUGGCCAAGAUAGUAGGAGACUGCUUGGAUGAUAAACAGUGUAAAACGUGUGCUCAGAAGGUAGUGGCACACAUGCAGUCUAUCCAAGCACAUAUGGAGGCAGAGAGACAGAAGCAAGAAGCGAAAGAAAGAAUGAGAGAGAGUCACCGAGAAGCUGCAAGAAAGAAGAAAGAAGAGGAGGAAAAGGAAAGAAAGAGGAAAGAAAAACUAGAGGAGAAGGAAAGGAGAAGACAGGCGUAUGAAGCAACGCAAGAAGCAGAAAAGAAAAGGCAGGAGGAAGAGGAGGAGAGAAACGACUCAGAAGAACAUUCCAAAGCAAAUGGUGAUGCAGGAGGUUAUGAGGAGAAGGAGAAAACAGGUGGUUCGUCUUGUCUUCUGAUCUUCAUGUCUCUUCUUGUGUUAGUGGUAGCCGUGGCAGUGGGAUCAUACUACUUCUGUGAAAGCAACCAGUCAUUACCGGCCUGUGUAACUGCACAGCAUUACCGGGAACAAGUGAGCACAGAGGGGCAGCGUUUGUGGGGGGUUACUCGGCUAAGGUUGCAAUCAUUGCGAGAAGAAAUAGAAGAAAUGUUUUAGUUUAUGCACUUUAAAAUAUCUUCUUGUCAACUUUCAUGAUUCAUCUGUACCAGCCACACACAAAUGUUUUUAAUGCUAACAAUUUGCUAUAAACGGAGGCCCCGUUACAUCCUGUAGUUGUCACAGCGAUGCCUAUUGUCACAGCAACGUAUUAUUUACAUCUGGGAUCAACAUUUGACCUCACUAUCCGAAAGAUGUGAUCAGGCCUACUGUUAGUGCUCUGUUAGUGCUAGUGCUAUCUCACUAUGUUUUUACAUUUUCUUUUCAAGUCUUGUACAUUCAUUGAGACCUGUAUACUCGGUUUCCAAGAGAAAAAAAAUUGUACCUGUAUGCCAGCUGAAUUUGUCAAAAGCACGAUUUGUGUUCCUUGAUUUUUCACGACAUAUUUUCAGCUUCAGUGCAUGAAUGUGUGGUUAUUCCUGCUUUUCAAAGUCAAUGAUUGAAUUCAACAUAUUUUUUGCAACUUACGAUUGAUAGAAAGGGUCACUCUCCAACUUAAUCAGAAUUGAUAGCUCCAAAAACCAAGUAGGAUAUUGUUUUGACUCCACAAUUUUUGUAAUAAGUAAACAAAUGUGAUGAUAAGUUAUUUACGUGUAGAGAAAAUAAUGUGAUGAUAUCUUUAAAUUCAUAUGGCAAAGAAAUUGCAAUAUUUCGGGAAUAUUCAUUUUCCAAUCUUUGAAAUUUCAUCAGUCAUCUGGCAAGUGGCAUGCCGAUGUCUGUUGUGAUUUUUCUGGUACGCAAUUUCAAAAUACCUGUUGCUAUUUGAUAAGUCUGUUUCUCCAACUUACAUCUCAUUAAUAAGAGUACUAUUGCAUUGUUUUCUUUUUAUUUUGUGAGAGCUCUUUAAAUUCACAUUCAGUAUGUAUUGUCCAUUUAAUUGCAAUAUUUGGAGCCAGUAUAUAUUCAUUGCAUCAUUUGUAUUUAAAGUGAACUAUUAUAGCAACAUGUGUCACAAGCUCUUUAUAUUGAAGAAGUAUUGUAAUCUUAAAUUAGUUUUUAUGGGAGAAUGAAAGCCUUGGAACAAGUUAGCUUGCAUGAAAAUAUGUAAAUCAAAGAAUAAGAUCAAUGAAAGUUUGAGAAAGUUUGGACAAGCAAUAAGAAAGGAAUGAGCAGUUUAAUGUCAAGAUCACUACACGCUAUGAAAUGCCAUGGCAAUGUGACCAAGAUUUGUGAGGUCCUGUACCAGAGAGAGUAGAUCCAUUUGUUGAUUUUUGGAAACAAACACACUAAACAAAUACAGAUUCUACAAAAAUGAGGUACAAACAAAUCCAGAAAUACUGGAUGUUACAGAUCUUGAGAGGAUAACGGCACAAAGUAAGACUGGAACGACCUUCCCUUAACCACUACGUCAAUGCAAUCCCUUGACAAAUUUAAGGCUGCUCUAAACUAAUCAAUGUCGCAUCUGCACCCGACCACAGCGUCAUGGAACUUUUGUUCUGUUGCUGUGUACCUGUGAUGAUGAUGAUGAAGGCAUUGCCGAAGGAGUGACAAGUUUGCAUUGGGUUUAAUUUCUUCACACUGGGGUCAAUUCUUGGCCCUAAUUGCAACACACCAUAACAUUGACAUUUUGACAGCAGAUGUGUCCAAAAUAUUGCACAGGCAUUCUGCAACAUCAAAAGAGAAGCGAUUAGAUCGAAUUCUUAUCAAUUUUGUUCUGAAAUCAUUUAUUUAAGGCCCUACAUUGGGUAAUUACUGUAUGGUACACUCUGAAACCAGAGUCUGGGUCAAAUUACCGAUCCUUUCACAAAGCUUUAGAUUGGCUUUAAGUUAAAUUGACAACAUGUUGAAACACAAUAUAAUUUCUUUGUAAAAAAUCAAAUUGACAUUUUCCAGGGGGUAAAAUUUUUCUGUAAUCGUUCAGUUUUACAGAUAUUAUUUAUAUCCAUAUCCAUUUUUUUUUCAAAGCAUGAAAAUUAAUAGAAAAUUAAUUAUUGUUGCCAAUUUGUGGGUUGAAAACAGAUAAAUCUAUACCUUAUAAAGCUGUGUACCUCUAUAGCAUAAAUGUUUCAGCUGGAUGAGAGAGAAUGUCUUUCCCUGCACUUCAUAGGAAGUGAAAAAAAAAGAAUUCUGUGUCCAUCCAAUAAGUAGCAGAAUAUUUUGCUAGACCAGAGUAUAUGCUAUGGCUUAUAAUACAAGUAAGUUAGGAUAUGUAAUAAAUCAAGAUGUGUGACUUUGUGUUAAUGAUAAAUUUGAUGAAAGUGAUUGCAUUCCAUACAGUAUGAACUGCAGGUCACUUAUUGUGACAUUAUCAAUAUGUGCAGUGGGAACUGGACAUAUGGAGCCAUGGUGUAAUUUCCUUCAGCAAGAAAUUUAUCCACAUCGUGCUGCACUCAACCCAGGUGAGGUGAAUUGGUAUCUAACGGGAUUGAUUCCUUGAAAGUCCAGCACUGGGAAUGGCAGCUCGAGCUGAAGCUGGGGUGAUAAUAAAGUUUGCCUCAAAAUAGAUUAUUUCUAGAACGAUGGUGGAAUGUAAAACCCAAGUAUUGUAAUUACUAUGGUGUAUUUAAAGUUUGGCCACCCUUGUAAUUGGACAAUAAAUUCACAUGGAACAGUGUUACAAA